AUGUCUUCUCGUAACUUGCUCUGGAACCUAUCCUCCCAUGACGGGAUACAUCUAGGCCUUCUAACUCUAGUUGCCGGAAUGAUCAUCGCUGGAAAGCUCCGUCAUUGGGGAUACAAGGGCUGGUUCGAUACCUCGCGGUUACCUCCUUCUCCAAAGAAGCAUUGGUUCUGGGGCAAUAGAGACUUCCUCACUCAGCCCUAUCGACAUGUUCUGCUUGGGACAAAGUACAAAGAGGAGCGAGGGGACAUUAUCAGUAUCGUGACGCCAACGAAUACAAUCGUAUACCUCAAUACCAUGGAACUCGCCACAGAGCUUCUCGAAAAGCAGGCUUCAGUAACAUCUGACCGGCCCCGAAAUGUGAUGACGAGUGAGAUCCUCGGAUGGGGAACAUCACCUGCCUUUCGUCAGCAUGAUGAGGUCCACAAAAGAAUGCGCCGUAUGAUGGCAUCUGCACUCAAUCCAGAGGCAGCACGGUCGUAUGCAUUGCAGCACUUGGACAUGACUCUUAACUUCCUCCGCCGCAUCGCAGCCAAUCCCUCUUCUUUCCUUGGAUGUGCCAAUGACGUAAAUGGAGCAUUUAUGAUUCAACUCGCCUAUGGAUAUGUUAUCCGGGAGGAGAAAGAUCCAAUCUUAUCUUUGGUGCACGAUGCUGUACGGUAUCUCGCACGCGCAACGACCAAUUACUACGUGGUUAACGACUUUCCCUUGUUAAAAUACAUUCCAGGCUGGUUUCCAGGAGCCGAGUUUAAGAGAUUCGGUAGAGCAGGGUAUGAGAGGCGGACGCGGUAUGCAAACGAAAUGUUUAACAUGGUUUAUGAUCAAGUUAAACAAGGACAGGUCGAACGUCCAUCAUAUGCGUCAGGAUUACUUGAAUCACAGAGUUGGCAAGAGGUUAGGGAAAGUGACACUAAUCUCAUCAAAUGGACCGCUGCAUCUCUAUUUACUGCCGGAGCAACAACGACUGGGAGUCUGGUCAAUUCAUUCUUCCUCAUGGCAUGCCUCUACCCAGACGCGAUACAAAAGGCACAGGCUGAGAUAGACUCUGUGGUUGGUCGUGAGAGGAUCCCGAACCUUCAAGAUCGAGACUCAUUGCCUUAUACCGAAGCAAUGUUACUAGAGGUCAUGCGAUUCUGCCCUCCGGCUCCUCUAGGUGUCAGCCACCUUACAACAGAGACCACUGAAUUCCAUGGCUAUAAAAUCCGUAAAGGUACAACCAUCAAUGCUAACAUAUGGGCAGUUCUUCGAGAUCCUAGCCAUUUUUCUUCUCCGCAUAUAUUUGAUCCAUCCCGUUUUCUCGGACCUAAGCCUGAGCCCGAUCCAAGGAGGUUCAUAUUUGGCUUUGGCAGAAGGGUAUGCCCGGGACAGCACGUUGCCAAUAACGGUGCAUGGAUGAUGUGCGCCGGACUGCUGUCCGUGUUUGACAUACGAGCGGGUCCUCAGCUGGAGGCCAAGGUCGCGAGCCUUGGUGGACGAGAGUCCGAGAGACUGUAUGAGCUAACGGAGCCAUACGGGCUGACGAUGUCUUCGAAUCUCGAUAGUGACCCACUUCCGUUUGAUUGCGACAUUCGGCCUCGAGACGCGGCCGCCGGCUAUAUACUGGAAAGUUCUGCGUGA